CUAGUGCAGCAGCAGGUAAAGAGGGAGACCAGAAGGAGAGGAGGGUUUCACACUUGGCUCCUGUCAACCUCAGCGGCCAGAGGCUCCUCUCAGCACGCCGAGACACCCACCACCACUAACCCGUCGGGAAGAAAUGAUUGCUUCUUUGGGCUUGACAUAGAUAUCACCUCCGGGGAGCCAGCGCAAGAAUAAGAUGGCCCCAAAUUCCAUCCACUGGUUCCGGAAGGGCCUCCGUCUCCAUGACAACCCAUCACUUCGGGAGGCCGUCCGGGGGGCGGGCACAGUGCGCUGUGUUUACUUCCUGGACCCCUGGUUCGCCGGCUCCUCCAACCUCGGAGUCAACAGAUGGAGGUUUCUCCUCCAGUGUUUGGAGGAUCUGGAUGCCAAUCUCCGGAAGCUCAACUCCCGCCUCUUUGUCAUCAGAGGCCAGCCAGCCAACGUGUUCCCACGUCUUUUCAAGGAGUGGAAGAUCUCUCGGCUGACCUUCGAGUACGACUCGGAGCCGUUCGGGAAGGAGAGAGAUGCUGCCAUCAAGAAGCUGGCCAUGGAGGCAGGAGUGGAGGUCAUCGUUAAGAUCUCACACACGCUCUACGACCUGGACAAGAUCAUAGAGCUGAACGGGGGGCAGCCUCCUCUGACCUACAAGCGUUUCCAGACCCUGAUCAGUCGACUGGACCCCCCGGAGCUGCCCGUGGAGACGCUGUCAGACGCCCUGAUGGGUCGCUGCGUCACCCCCAUCUCUGAGGACCACGGAGACAAGUACGGCGUCCCGUCCCUGGAGGAGCUGGGUUUCGACACCGAGGGCCUGCCUUCAGCUGUUUGGCCAGGAGGGGAGACUGAGGCACUGACCAGGAUAGAGCGUCAUCUGGAGAGAAAAGCGUGGGUGGCUAACUUUGAGCGGCCCAGGAUGAAUGCCAACUCCCUGCUGGCCAGCCCAACAGGCCUGAGCCCCUACCUCCGCUUCGGCUGCCUCUCCUGUCGCCUUUUCUACUUCAAACUCACCGACCUCUACCGCAAGGUGAAGAAGAACAGCUCUCCUCCGCUCUCCCUGUACGGUCAGCUGCUGUGGCGCGAGUUCUUCUACACAGCGGCGACCACCAACCCGCGCUUCGACAAAAUGGAAGGGAACCCGAUCUGUGUCCGCAUCCCCUGGGACAAGAACCCCGAGGCCCUGGCCAAGUGGGCCGAGGCCAAGACCGGCUUCCCCUGGAUCGACGCCAUCAUGACCCAGCUGAGGCAGGAGGGCUGGAUCCACCACCUGGCGAGGCACGCCGUGGCCUGCUUCCUCACCAGAGGGGACCUGUGGAUCAGCUGGGAGGAGGGGAUGAAGGUGUUUGAGGAGCUGCUGCUGGAUGCAGACUGGAGCGUGAACGCAGGCAGCUGGAUGUGGCUGUCCUGCAGCUCUUUUUUCCAGCAGUUUUUCCACUGCUACUGCCCCGUGGGCUUCGGCCGGCGCACCGACCCCAACGGGGACUUCAUCAGACGUUACUUACCUGUCCUCCGAGGUUUCCCCGCAAAGUUCAUCUAUGAUCCGUGGAACGCCCCGGAGUCCGUGCAGGCGGCCGCCAAGUGCAUCAUCGGCGUCCACUACCCGAAGCCCAUGGUGCACCACGCCGAGGCCAGCCGGCUCAACAUCGAGCGGAUGAAGCAGAUCUACCAGCAGCUCAGCCGAUACAGAGGACUGGGCCUGCUGGCGUCAGUGCCGUCCACCAACGGGAACGGGAACGGAGGGAUGAUGGCCUACUCUCCCGGAGAGCAGCAGCAGCAGCAGCAGCCAGGGACCAACAACAACAACAACAACUCACACUUGCCUGGAGUGACCGGGGGCUCCGUUGCCACAGGAAACGGCAGCGGCAGCAUCCUGCUCAACUUCGACAGCGAGGAGCAGCCGGGGCCCAGCGGCGUCGGGCAACAGCCGCUGCAGCUGCCGCCACCGCUGCCACAACAACAGCCACACGGUUACCACCCAGUGCCAGACCCCAGCCAGACCGUCCCCAGCAGCCGACUCUACCACGAGUUCGCUGUGCCUCAGCAUCCAGGACGCCUCCUGCACACCGGGGGCAGCAUCACAGGGAAGCGGGAGCGCGAGUCGGAACGAGAGGGGCCAGGAGAGGAAGAUUCGGGAGCGUGCUCUGUCCACAAGAUGCAGAGGCAGAGCGCAGAGACUACCUAGAGCAGCUGGAGACGAGAUUGUCUGCGUCGACACUGAAGUCACCAUCUGGCCAGCAGAGAGAGGAACUCCGAAACAUCGCCACCUCUCCUCCACCCACACACAGCUCUAGACAUUGCUGCCUCC